GCAAAAACAAAAACAAACCAAAGAAAAGAAAAGAAAGAAAAGAAGCAGCAAAAGGCUGUGUUUUUUGUGAAGCACUUUUUGCUUCCUAAGUAAAGAGAAACAUUUACAAAGUAAGAAAGAACAAAAAUGCCAAUCUAUAGAAUUGCAGUUGGGACGCCAGGGGAGGCUAGCCACCCUGACGCCAUUAGAGCUGCAUUGGCAGAGUUUUUCUCCAUGCUCAUCUUCGUUUUUGCUGGCGAAGGCUCUGGCAUGGCUUUCAAUAAGCUUACUGAUAACGGUUCAACAACACCCUCCGGCCUCAUAGCAGCUUCACUGGCUCACGCAUUCGCACUCUUCGUGGCGGUUUCCGUCGGAGCAAACAUCUCCGGCGGCCACGUGAACCCAGCGGUAACCUUCGGCGCAUUCAUAGGUGGAAACAUAACACUUCUCAGAGGAAUCUUGUAUUGGAUCGCGCAGUUGUUGGGCUCAGUCGUCGCUUGCUUGCUUCUCAAGUAUGCCACCGGCGGCUGGGAAACCUCUGCGUUCUCGCUCUCCACCGGCGUCUCUGCUUGGAACGCAGUGGUUUUCGAGAUCGUCAUGACCUUCGGGUUGGUCUACACUGUGUAUGCUACCGCAGUGGAUCCGAAGAAAGGAAAUGUAGGAAUUGUAGCACCCAUUGCCAUUGGAUUCAUCGUCGGCGCGAACAUUCUGGCCGGCGGUGCCUUCGACGGUGCAUCGAUGAAUCCGGCAGUGUCUUUUGGGCCGGCGGUGGUUAGCUGGACAUGGACUAACCAUUGGGUAUAUUGGGUUGGACCCUUGAUUGGGGCUGCCAUUGCAGCCAUUGUUUAUGACAAUAUCUUUAUCGGAGAUGGAGCCCACGAGCCACUUCCCAAUGGUGAUGAAUUUUAGUUCGUUUUUCUCUCUUUGUUUUUUUAAGAUAUGGGAGAGAAUAAAGAUGCUAUGGAGUUAAUUAGGGUUUUGGGAUUUUGGUGUAGCAUUUUUUUUUUUUUUUUGGUUGUGGUAGGUGUAUUCGUCCUGUUUUUCGUUUCAGGUUGUAAGAACUAAGAACAGAGGAGAGAGUUUGGGAAAUUGUGAUCUUCCUGAUUAGUGAAAAUUUGUUUUUGUUUUUUUUGUUU